ACUCUGCUACUGACCGCGCGCCUAGCCAGUCCAGUCCACCCAAGCCAAGCCCACGACCCGCACCGCAACACGCACACCCACGCGCACGCACAAACCAACAAGGUAACCAACCAACCAGCGACUCCCCCCAGCCUCGACGAUCUUUCCGCGUUAAUUCUCCGCCCCCCUCUCUCCUCUCCUCUGCUUCCCUCACCUCCUCCCCGCUUUUAUAUAACGCCGCCUCCUCACUCACUCCCCUCCCCACCACGCACGCACCGCACAGACGCAAGCUCACCUCAGCUCAGCUCACAAUUCGGCUGUAUCCAAGAUCGCCAUGGGCUUCCCGGUGGGCUACUCGGAGCUGCUCCUCCCGAGGCUGCUGCUCCAGGUGCUCCUCCUCCUCGGCCACCUCCAUCGCUUUCUCCUCUGGGCCUUCCACGCAGUCGGCCUCGGCGACCUCAUCGACAACCCGCCCGGCCUGGCGGCCACGGAGCAGGACCUGAUGCUGCAGGGGCGCGGCGGCGGGAUGGCGGAGGGUUGGGCGUCGUCGUCGGCGCUCCAGCACCGCCGGCCCGAGUUCAGGGCGAUUCCGCCGAUGGCCAUCGAGGAGGCCCUCCCCGUGGUGCGGUUCGACGAGCUGGUGGCGUCCGCCCCGGCGGCGGUGUGCGGUGGCGGCGACUGCGCGGUCUGCCUCAGCGGCAUCUGCGGGCGCGACGAGGUGCGGCGGCUGUCCAACUGCCGCCACGUUUUCCACCGCGGCUGCCUCGACCGCUGGAUGGCCCACGAGCAGCGCACCUGCCCGCUCUGCCGCGCGCCGCUCAUCCCCGACGAGCUCUUGCCCGCCGCCUCCGGCCUGCCUGACCCCUCCGACUACGACCUCUCGUACUACCCAUCCCCGCUGCCGCUGGCGCCCACCCCGACGCUGCUGCGACCACACGAGCUGCUGCUCAACGGCUUGGGCGGUUUCCAGUGAGCCCGCCAAUCCACCGCCCCGGUCAAUUUCGUUGCAACCGGCAUGACAGAGCUGCCUCAACUACGGCACACGGGCACAUAGGCGUCCUGAUUUGUACAUAGGCGCCAAGGAGAACUCCCCCCAAAAAAACACAAGUAGGAAUAGUUUGCUGCUAUAUAGGUCGAUUCCACCUUCCAAGCCUGCGAAGUUGUGAAUCCUUUUUUUUUUGCAGAUUACUAGUAGUAUAUUAAAUUUGUUGAAGCAGAGCAGUGCCACAGUUUGGUGCUUGCUAAUUUGGCAAGCCGUUUAAUCCAAUCUCCCCACGCUAUUCAAAUCUUA